AUGCCUCGGAUCUUCUCCCUUAUUUCUACCUUGGCUAUCGCAUUUUCCAUCACCAACACAUGGAUUGGAUACUCUGUAACCUUUGUCCCACCUUUACUGGCUGGCGGUGGCCCAGCAGCCGUCUUCUGUCUUGUUCUGGCGUGCUUCGCCUGCACAGUCCUGGCUCUUGGCCUUGCUGAGCUAUCUUCUGCCUUCCCUUCCAGUGGUGGCCAAUAUCAUUACGCAUUCAUGGUUUCGACCGAGAAGUACAGAGCCCCCGUGGCAUUCACCGUUGGCUGGAUCAGCAUCUUAGGCUGGCUUUUCACCACUGCUAGCACUACCGUCUUCUGUUCUCAGACCUCGCUCGUCAUUGCCUCCCUCUACCAUCCGACGUAUGUCUGGAAGGCUUGGCAAGUGUGGCUUGUCUAUGUUCUCAUCACAAUCCUGUCCGGUGUCUUGAUUGUGAUGCUUCCCCGCUGGGUCCCCACUGCCGAGAGGAUUUUUCUCUUCUCAUCCCUUCUUGGCCUUUGUGUUGCGUUCGUUACCAUUCUUGCAACAAGCAGCCCAAAGCAGCCGGCCAAAGUGAUCUUUGCAGAAUGGGUUAAUGUCACUGGAUGGCCUGAUGGCCUGGCAUUUCUUCUCGCCACUGGCCAGGCCAUGUAUGGCUUUCUGGGCUUAGAUGGCGCUACUCACAUUGCUGAAGAGAUGCCUAAUCCCGAACGUACAGUUCCCAAGGUCAUCGCCCUUAUUAUGGCUAUCGGAACUGUUACAAGUGUCCCCUGGAGCAUUGCCAUGCUAUUCAGUACCAACAAUCUCGAUGAGGUCUCAGCGGCAGCUAUUCCAAUCUUUGAGGUGUUCAUGCAAGCUAUCCGCUCUCAAGCUGCUGCCACUUUCUUCACUGUCUGGAUUUGCUUCAUCUACUACGGUGCCCUCGUCAGCUGUUAUGUCACUUCCGGUCGACUCAUCUGGGCCUUCUCUCGAGACGGCGGCCUUCCAUACUCUCACAUCUUUAGCAAGAUCCAUCCAACUCUCCGGGUGCCGGUCAAUGCUAAUGCGCUCGCGGGAGUUUUCAUGAUCGUGUUUGGCCUGUUAUAUGUUGCGUCUACGGCCGCAUAUAAUAGCAUUAUUGGCUUAGCCAUCAUGUCAACCAACAUCACUUGUGCUCUGCCGCAAGCUAUACUCAUUAUCCGUGGACGAAGCGUCAUGCCUAAGCGAUACUUUAACCUUGGGAGAAUCGCUGGCACCUUCUGUAAUAUCUUUGCCUCAUGUUAUGCACUGCUAUAUACUAUCCUAUUCUGUUUUCCCUUGUCGCUCCCGGUAACUGCCGAGUCGAUGAAUUAUCAAGCUGUUGUGCUUGUGGGGACUUUAAUCUUAAUUACUGUUCUCUGGUGGGGUGGCAAGAGGAAAUCAUUCCAUGGUCCUGUCCUCGAGGCCGACGGCCACAUGGUUUCUCAUCACCAUGAGAUCCCAGUAAAAGAAAAUUAG